AUUUCUGUUUACUUCUUUAAUUUUUGUAUCUCAUUCUGCGAGGCUUCACGGGGAAGAAAUGACAGACUCCUAUGAAGAUAUUCUCAACUCUCUCGACGAUGACAACAACUAUUACUCCAUCGACGGGGACAAUCUCUCCCCUUCUCUGCAAUCCUGGUCCAACUCCAAUGACCUUGAAGAGCUCGACCUUGACAGUCUCAAUCUUUUAUCAGACUCAGAUUCGUCAUGGGUCGACCCUUUAGAGUCUGCCAUCACAGCCACCCGCAACGGAUCAGCCCCUAUCCUGAGCACUCUCUCCCAAUUCACCACGAUCCUCUCGCAAACCGGUGUCCACGGGCCUCGUCUGCUCAAAGCAGGGAACCUCUCUGUACGAGCUACCAAAAUUGGCUCGGGCGCCCAAUUUACAGUCUUCAAAGACCCUAUCUUUCAAGGAGAGGUCGUUAAGCGCGUCAAUGUCCCACUUACUAGCAGGGCAGAGCAACGCUUUGCAGCAAGCAAUGACUAUCGCCUUCAACUCAAGACACUGGAGCUGGAGAUUCUAUCUCUUUGCAAUCCUGUGUUGCGUGCACACCCAAACAUCACCAGUCUCGUGGCCUGGGGCUUUGAUUUUCCCUAUGCAGAUCUGGCCGUGCCAGUGCUGUUUAUGGAGGCAGCGCUCAUGCCUUUGGGGGACUUUCUCAGCGCUGAGAGCAGGUCCAUUGACGUCAGAUAUCAGUUUGCGCUGGAUAUCGCGAACGGAUUGGAAGCGCUUCACCAUCUCAAGAUCGUUCAUGGAGAUGUCAAGCCUGACAACGUGCUUGUGUUUGCCGGUCGGAGUGAGAGUGUGCCCUUUCAAGCCAAGCUGAGCGACUUUGGCGUCUGCGUUGAUCUAGAGGCUCCGGAUGGAAAAUUCUCCUUGAGCGACUAUCGAGGCACGCCUGCCUGGCUGGCACCUGAAUUGAUAAGCGGAGACAUUUCCAAGUUUGGGCUAUUCUCACCAGAACUGAUGUUCCAAUUUGAUUCAUACAGCUUUGGUUUGGUGCUUUUGUCCACAUUCACGGGCAAUGGACAGGUGCCAGAAUUAGACAAGACUCCUGAAAAAGUACCAGAUCAAGUCUCAAAAUUGCUCAUCGGGCAAAAGGACAUUUCCUCAGAUAUGCGUAUGGAGUUGCGCAAGGGCAUCAUGAGUCAUCUCACCGAGGAUCCCAGAGACAGAAAGCUUCCAAGUCCAAAUUUGCUGAAGGUUGACUGCUCCGCAUAUGCAUCUUGGCUCGCAUCAAUAGAAUCAAGCUCUGCAGGAAAACACGUUGGCGUCAUUGACCCCAUCUACAAUAAAGGUCCUUUGUUCUGGUACAGACUUGAUGAAAGUAUCCGAAGUGAACUUGAGGCGCAGUAUAGGCUCGGAAAAGAUGGCAACGCCCCUCCUUUCGGAGGAAAUGUGCUUUUUGGAAUCGCACAAACAAUUACUGGCGCGAAACCGUCAUAUCUUGACCGCAUGCUGACAUAUCUGGGCGACGCAGCUAGAGCGGGAUUUUCGCCUGCCCGGGCUAUAUAUGCGCAAGUCAUGGAGGCGCACAAUCAGCCUCUAGAGUUCAGCCAAGAAGAAUUGAAGAAAUGGACGUUACAAGCUGUGGCCGAAGGUUAUUUCUUCGUGGAUUCCCGUUACAGUCAAAUGGAUAUUGAGAAGUCAAGAGACCAAUUUAGAAGCCACGGUGGUUUCUGCUCUGACCCGUUCCUGGCCAAAAAGGACAUCAAGGCAGCCGUGGUGGCAGAAAAGGCUGUGGAAUGGAUAACCAACAACGGCAUCGUGGUCGACCGCAAGGGGAACACGAUACUCCAUGCUGCUGCCGCUCUGGGGGCAACUGGUGUAGUUCAGGAAUUGUUAGAUUCUGCACGGGUGGCAGUGGAUGUGGAAAACGACGAUGCCGAGACGCCUCUAUAUAAGGCCUUCCAAGCCGGUCAUACUGAUGUGAUCGAGAUCCUUCUUGACCGUGGCGCUAAUUCAUGCAUAAAGACUCGACAGAACAUCACACCUUUGCAUUGGUUGUUCAUGAUCCCGGAUUUUUCCAUUGAUCGAAUUGCAAAACUCAUUGUGAAAGGAGGCGCCGAUAUCAAUGCAGUAAUCACGCCCGUCGUGAAGGAAAACAGUGGUGGAUACCCAGAAAAGAUUCAGAUCUUACACUAUCCAUUUGAACUUCCUCAUGGCACACCUCUUCACUGGGCCUGCUUCUUCCGGCACAUGACAGCUAUGGAUUCUUUGCUCUCCCUUGGGGCCAACAUCAACGCGUGCUAUCAUGGGUUAGAUGCAUCAACAACACCGCUUGCCUUAACGGCCUAUUUUGGAGAGCCCGGGAUAGCCCGAUAUCUGAUAUCUCGCGAUGCAGACGGCACUCUGCUGGAUUCUAUGGGACGAAACACGCUGCAUGGAAUCACCAAAUAUUUCCCUGACCGACACGGUUAUUUACCUCAUCACUGGCAUUAUUGGAUCCGCCACGGAGCGUGGGAGCAACAUUUGACACACAUGACCGAUCUGGUACAAGUCCUGAUCAAGGCUGGGGCAGGCAUCAAUGCGAAAGACAAAGGUUAUCCUCCCUUAACUCCCGUUGCCGCCGCCGCUGAUCUGGGGGUCUGGGAUGGGGGUGUGAUAUGUGCAUUACUAGAUGCAGGUGCCGACCUCAAGGAAUCGAUACUAUCAGCUGGAGAUACGAUUCUGCAUUCCUGGGUCUCUAUCGUGGGACCCCGUUUGGACUACCCCGAGGCCUAUCUACCAACUCUCAAGAAGAUAGUUGGUGCCAUGCCGAGCAUUGACAUCCGUAACCGAUUUCAAGAAGACACCCCUCUCCACUUGCUAGCAACUACCUAUCAUCCAGAGGAUGAAUUCGAGACGGCAUGUGGGAUUUUUCUCAAUCACUCUACGCCAGCAGAUAUCAACGCAAGAUCCCGUGGGGGAGGGACUCCGCUCUCCAUCGCCCUAGAGACAAAUCUAGAUCCAAUACGACGAGGCCGCUUCCUUAGCGACAAGGGCGCCGAUCCGCUCAUCCUCCAGGCUCGGGAACGAGAUAUUUUCUACUCAAUCGCCAAUAAUGUCGUCCUCGCCGAUCAAGCCAGCUGCGAUCUCAUUCAAUCGUUCCUCCUCCGACUAAACUCUGACAUAACAAAGGCCUACAAAAUGCACUACCUCUCCAAUCCCAAAAGCCAUGAGACCCUCAUUGCUGCUGCAAGUCGCGGAAAGCCAUUGACAGUGCGACUCCUCCUCUCCAUCGGCCUAGUCAGUCACAUCAACAAGCCCGACACAUCAAAAUCCCCACAAUGGACAGCCCUAGACCAAGCCCUCCACUCCGCCGAGCUGAGUCGUCGUCUCCACAUCCAGCACCUCGCAUCUUACAAAGCGGGUGCAACCAGGGCAAACGCACUCGAAGCAAAUCUCGUCUAUGAUUCAAAUCAAGGCCCGCCCGCACGGGCAGCGGAGGCAUACAGGUGUUUUCCGGAGGUUAUUCGGAUUCUACGAGAUGCUGGGGCAAAGAGGACGUGUGAGAUUGAGAGGUUGUCAAAUGGGGAUUAUAUUAGGCAGCCGAGGGAGUGGGAUGAGGAGGAAAUUGCUCGGUAUGGGUUUACUCCGGAGACGCAGCCUAAUCGGGAGGUAUGGCAAGCAUUGUAUGAAUUGGCUAGGUACAGUGGGCGAGGCUGGUUGGGUAUGUUGACUGGUGGAAGGUUUGGGAGUUGAAGGCCAUGAACGAUUCAUCUUCCACAGGAGUUUGGACUUGAAGGAAAGUCAUGAACAUUCUCCAAUCAGACUUUCAAUAAGGGAACUGUCGUAACUCUUCCCCAGGGUUAUGAGGCUCUGGUACAGAACCGGGUCAAGAAAAUCUCAACGGGGCUAGAGAUCAAAUGCAGCUACAGAAGACCUUU